AUGGAGAGCUCAACGUCGAAGGCAGAUAUCAUCAUAAAGCCAGUGCUUCUUAAAGCUGGGAUUCCUUUAGCUUUGUCAGUGGCUGGUUUCAUCUGUGCCAAGAUUGUGGCUAAUCCAAGUGUUAAUCCGAAAGGGUCUUCAUUAGAAACUGAUGAUCAGGUGUGUUCCCUAGAGACCAAUUCUCCCAAGUUUAGAUACGAGGAUGGUUUACAUAGUUUCAGCUCUACUUGUAUGCAUUCAACGGAAUGCUUAGAGAUCCAAGAUAAUAAACGAAAAUUGGAAGAAGAGAUUUCGCGCCUGAGAAUCCGACUUGAUGAGCUUCAGAAAAGAGAAUCUGAGUUAGAGUUGCAGUUUAUACGCUACUGUGACUUGAAAGAGCAAGAAUCUGUUCUUAUGGAGGUUUCAAAUAUGUUGCUAUUGUUAGUGGCUCGUGUUGAGUUCUUGGAGAGAGAAGCUGUUGGAGUUUAA